UCUCCAUGGGAAACAGCCAGACCUGAACCCUGUUGCUUAGCAACCUCGCCUAGUCGUCCAGUAGCCCUGGGUGGUCUGGUGCAAUAGGCUGGGGGUCCUGAGGGGAUGAAGAGACCCUAGGAGAUGCACUCCCCACCCCCAUGGAUGUGGCUGUACCCAGAGUCUGGCAGUGCCCAGGGGUGGGGUGACAGCUGUUUCUCCCAGUACCUGAAGGACUCUUGUCUGAGAGAGGCAUGAAUUCCUAGCAUUCCCUGUGACGGGACAAGACGGGGGAGAUGGGGGCAGGGGAGAGGGUACAAGCCCCACCUAGGGUGGUGGCCACAGCAGCAAGGGGCAGACAGAGCCAGGAGCCUGGGAAGGAAGCAGGAUGGCAGCAGGGGCAGCAGCUGGAGCCUGGGUGCUGGUCCUCAGUCUGUGGGGUGAGCCCUGCCCCCCCCACCCCCACACCAAUCCUCCUCACAGAAAGCACUCUGCCCCUGUCCCCGAAACUCCCCACAACUUUCCAGGAACCUGGGUACUGCUUUUCAAUCUCCCUCAUCCGCCCUGUUAUAGUUUUAUUAGCUCCCAUCUCCCUUCCUGCCCCUCCAUUGUGGUGCUGUCUCCCAGGGGCAGUAGUAGGGGAUCAAAACAUCACAGCCAGGAUCGGGAAGCCACUGGUGCUGAACUGUAAGGGGGCCCCCAAGAAACCACCCCAGCAGCUGGAAUGGAAACUGAACACAGGCCGGACAGAAGCUUGGAAGGUCCUAUCUCCCCAGGGAGGCCCCUGGGAUAGCGUGGCUCGUGUCCUCCCCAACGGCUCCCUCCUCCUGCCGGCUGUUGGGAUCCAGGAUGAGGGGACUUUCCGGUGCCAGGCAAUGAGCCGGAAUGGAAAGGAGACCAAGUCCAACUACCGAGUCCGAGUCUAUCAGAUUCCUGGGAAGCCAGAAAUUGUUGAUCCUGCCUCUGAACUCAUGGCUGGUGUCCCCAGUAAGGUGGGAACAUGUGUGUCCAAGGGGGGCUACCCUGCAGGGACUCUUAGCUGGCACUUGGAUGGGAAAACCCUGAUACCUGAUGGCAAAGGAGUGUCUGUGAAGGAAGAGACCAAGAGACACCCUGAGACAGGGCUUUUCACACUCCGUUCGGAGCUGAUGGUGACCCCAGCCCGGGGAGGAGCUCCCCACCCCACCUUCUCCUGUAGCUUCAGCCCUGGCCUUCCCCGGCGCCGAGCCCUGCACACGGCCCCCAUCCAGCUCAGGGUCUGGGAGCCUGUGCCGCAGGAGGAAGUCCUGUUGGUGGUGGAGCCAGAAGGUGGAGCAGUAGCUCCUGGUGGUACCGUGACCUUGACCUGUGAAGCCCCUGCCCAGCCCCCUCCUCAAAUCCACUGGAUCAAGGAUGUGAGUGACCUGGAGAGGGGGCUGGCAGGUAGCGAGAUACGUCAUUGGCAACUAGGAGGGCAGGGGGUUCAUGGAGAGCGAGGCAGGCGAGGAGGUACAAGGGUAUCUGAUGAUGUGGAGGCAAAGACAGCAGUAUGGGAUGUGUUGGCAGGGGUUUUAAGAGUCUCCUGUUGGGGCUUCCUUGGUGGCGCAGUGGUUGAGAGUCCGCCUGCCGAUGCAGGGCACACGGCUUUGUGCCCCGGUCCGGGAAGAUCCCACAUGCCGCGGAGCGGCUGGGCCCGUGAGCCAUGGCCGCUGAGCCUGCGCGUCCGGACGGAGCCUGUGCUCCGCAACGGGAGAGGCCGCAGCGGUGAGAGGCCCGCGUACCGCAAAAAAAGUCUCCUGUCCCCUUUUCCCCACCAGGGCAUGCCCCUGCCCCUUCCCACCAGCUCCGUGCUGCUCCUCCCUGAGGUAGGGCCUGAGGACCAGGGAACCUACAGUUGUGUGGCCACCCAUCCCAGCCAUGGGCCCCAGGAGAGCCAUGCUGUCAGCGUCAGCAUCAUCGAAACAGGCGAGGAGGGGCCAACUGCAGGCUCUGUGGAAGGGCCGGAGCUGGGAACUCUAGCCCUGGCCCUGGGGAUCCUGGGAGGCCUGGGGACAGCCGCCCUGCUCAUUGGGGUCAUCAUGUGGCAAAGGCGGCAACGCAGAGGAGAGGAGAGGAAGGUCCCAGAAAACCAGGAGGAGGAAGAGGAGCGGCGCACGGAGCUGAAUCAGCCCGAGGGGCCUGAGGCAGCAGAAAGCAGCGCAGGAGGGCCUUGAGAAGCCCACAGCCAGACCCCAUCCAUCAGCUCCCUUUUUUUUUCCCACCCUCUUUUCUGGCCCCAGACCAGUUCUCCCCUGUAUAAUCUCUACCCCACCUCCCCAAACUUUCUUCCACAACCAGAGCCUCUCACAAAAAGUGAUGAGUAAACACCUGACACAUUUGCUCUUGUGUAUGUGUGAUGCCCUCACCCCCUGCACCCUUGAGAGCCCUGAAGGAGAGGGUCUCACCCCCAUGCUUCACCACACCACACCGACAUCUACUGAAGUUGGAGAGAAAUGCUCCUGUCUUGGAAGGAAGGAGGGAUGGACAAAGGUGGGCAGAGUUCCCGUGAAUACAUCUCAACUUGUUUAUUGAAUUUGUAAUAAAGGAGGUAGUGAGGGGAAGGAAGCACUUACGAGUCAGGACCCACAUUAGACACCGGGGA